AUGUUUAUUCACACAGAUGAGAAAGCUCAUGCAUGUGAAGUAAAUAAUAAAUCAUUAAUACAAAAGAAUAAAUUGAACAAGCGUAUGCUUUUGCACAAAGAAGAAAAACCUCGCAUAUGUGAAGUAUGUAACAAGUCAUACAGAGGAAAGGAUAAUUUAAACAAACAUAUGCUUAUCCAUAGCAGAGAGAAGCCUCAUGUAUGUCAGGUAUGUAACAAGUCAUUUAUACAAAGAUACCUGUUAGUUCAGCAUGCUUCUCUUCACACAGGAGAGAGACCUCAUUUGUGUCAAGUAUGUAAUAAGGCAUUCAGAAGAAAGUGGAUUUUAAAUAAUCACAUGCUAAUUCAUACAGGAGAGAAAACUCUUUUGUGUCAGAUAUGUAAAAAAGCAUUUAGUAGAAAGUGGAAUUUAAAUAAUCACAUGCUUAUUCACACAGGAGAGAAACCUUAUAUGUGUGACAUAUGUAGCAAGUCAUUUAGAAUGAAGGCUGAUUUAAAUAGGCAUAUGCUACUUCAUAGAGGAGAGAAACCACAUAAUUGUGAG